CUUCUUGAUAAUGAUCUCUUCAAUACUUACAACCCGAUUCCUCUUCGAUCUUCGCCAAAAUGUAAAUCCAACGAACGUUCUCCAACUCACUAUGUCAGACUCUCGUAUUAUUGAAGACUUCGGCGCCAAUCUCGACCUCAAUAUUCCUAUCGGGACUGCCGGCGCACUCGGCCCCGACGAUGAUGCAAUAGAUGACAGUGAUUCACCUAUGGCGACGGACGGAGAAAGCCUCACAGCAGGUUUAAAGGAGAGUUCUGCGCGCGAUCCGGAGGUCGAAGAG